AUGACAAGAUAUUGUGGUUUUCCCAAGAGAAGAGACGUUUGUCUCCUGACAGUUGCCCUACUGAUACCAUCGCUUCAAGCGUUUCAAGUUCCAGCACACUGUCAUUGGCCAAACGGCAGAAUACCAAUACAACAACGAGUUCGUGGACUGUAUCAGUCACUGCAGCAAGAGCAACAAGAUUCUGCCACAUCAGUGGGGGUAGUGUUGAAGAAGGAAAACCCCACCUUGGAUGAUAAGAAUAACAAGAGACUAGUGGAACAAAGCAUUGUCCAAUUGGGCCGCAAGGGUUUGACAGAUGAAGCCCUGGCCGUGUACUACGAACAACCAGCACCCACCCUUCGGAUCAUGAACGGUGCCAUUGAUGCGUGCGCCAGAGCACGUCCUACUCGAUUGGACAAGGCCUUUCAGAUACUGCAAGAACAGGAGACUAGGUUGCGGCCCAAUGUGUUCACUUUUGGAGCUUUAAUGAGUGCCUGUGCCAGGGCAAGAAAAGGAGACAAGGCUAGGGCCCUGCUUAAAUCCAUGCAGGAAAAGUACGGCGUGAUACCCAAUGCUGUGGUUUACUCUACGGCCAUUGCAGCUGUGGCUCGAAACGAUCCACCUCAACCACAAGUGGCACUCGCACUCUUGAAGGAAGCCACCGAAAAACACAACCUCAUCAUGAACAUUGUCGGAUACAAUGCCGCCAUUUCCGCCUGUGCACGGGCGGGCGAUUGGAAACGUGCCACUGCUUUGCUGGAACAACUAGAAGACGACAAUAACAACAAUGGUGCACAGCCCGAUCAUGUCACCUAUGGGACCGUCCUGUCCGCUUGCGAAAAGGGAGAAAAAUGGGAUCUCGUACUCGAAUAUGCCGAUCAAAUGGAAGCAAAGGGACUGACGUUGGAUGUGCUGGCAUUGACUUCGGCACUCAAAGCAUGUCAACAACUAGCAAAGGCGAAGCAAGCGCUGCACUAUCUCGACGUUAUGAAACAGCAACAACAAAAGGCUACCUCGACGUCCUAUUAUUUUACCCGAAAAACAUCCGGAAGGAAACGAAAAGGAGCCAAACAAGCACUGCUGGGACCCGAUCCAGUAGCCUAUCGAUUGGCCAUUUCAGCGUGUGCCCGUGGUGGUGCGUGGAAGGAAGGGAUUGGACUAUUAAACGACUUUGAAGAAGCAACGGGACAACCUCCGGAUGUCAUGGCCUAUACUGCCGCCAUUACGGGUUGCGAAUAUGCUGGGGAGUGGAGACGCGCCUUUGGCUUGUUGGACGUCAUGCGGAAGAACGGAGUCGAACCCAACGAGGUCACCAUGACCGCGAUUAUCGGAGCAUGCGCCGUGGCGUGUGCACGAGAAACGAACAGUGUUACCUUUCGAGAUUCCACACCCAUGCCAUUGCCGCAGCACAAGGCCCUGCAACUACUCAAAGUGCUAAAGAACGACGACACGGUGGUCAAACCCAAUAUCAACGUGUACAAUGCCGCCAUUCGCGUGUGUGCCGAAGCCUGCGAUUUGAAACGAGCCCUGCUCUUGAUGAAAGAUCUCCGCGAACAGGGUCUGGAGCCAACCAUCGUGACGUUCGGAACUCUCAUGACGGCGUCGGAACGUGCCGAAAGUAUCGACGGAGCUAACAUUGUCUUUCGGACCAUGAAGGAGCAGCAGAUUGAACCCAAUGAAAUCAUUUAUGGUGCUGCCAUUAGUUGCUGCCGCAAAGCACGGCAGUCGGAACGUGCCUUUUUGUUACUGCGUAAAAUGAUUCGCGAUGGAUUGUCGCCCAACGUGGCAACCUUCAACACGGCCAUUGUGGCUCAGGUGGAGGGUCGACCGGUGGAGAAAUGCAUGGAUCGUGCCAUUACAAUCUACAAGAUCAUGACAUCCAAAAACCACACAAUGGCGCGUCCCAAUCGUGGAACGUUUAAUCUAUUGAUUCGGGGGUUGGCGAGUGCCAAGAAACCAUUGGAAGCGGAAGCUUUAUUGCGAAAGAUGGGCGAAGCUGGGUACGUUCAGGAGGUGGAACUGUAUGCUGCGACCGUGACGGCCUACGAACGCAACGGGCAGCCACUCAAGGCGCUCCGAUUAAUGGAAUCCAUGCGAGAAGACGGGUACGACUUUUACGACAUUGAAGUGCUCAAUGCAGCCUUCAAAAAGGCAGUGAAACUUGUCAAUGUUGUGGGGCGUGGACUGUCUCCGGACUGCAUUGGACUGAUGGUUGCUACUGUAGAAGUCAUGGCAUAG